AUGUCCAUUCACGAACUGUCUUCAUUGGUUAAGAUUGAACCGAACCGUGAAGAGGAAAUCAAUGCCAGCCUUCAAGAAAUGGAUUUUGUUAACGAGACAUCCGCCUCAAUAAAGAGGGAAGAUACAAGUGCCGUUCAUUCGGACACCGGGACCGAAUUGAAGGACCAACCAUCCGAGAAGAAUUCAGAGAUCGCGCUUUUGAAAUGUGGUCAGUGUGACUAUUCAGCAAACGGUACCUCAAAGUUCAGACGACAUCUUUUAGCGCAUAAGCUGUCGAAGGACCUCAAGUGUUAUCAGUGUAAUUACACGACAAAUAGGAAGGAUAAUUUAAAGCAACACAUUGUAAGGCAUCAUCUUUUAACCCACAAACUUUUAAAAGAUAUCAAGUGCGAUCAGUGUAAUUAUGCGACAAACAAUAAGUCACAUUUAAAGCUGCAUCUGUUGAGAAGACACCACCUUUCGAAAGACUUCAAAUGUGAUCAGUGUAAUUUUGCAACAAUUGACAAGUCACAUUUAAAACAGCAUUCUUUAAGACACAACCUACCCAAAGAGCUACAAUGUGAUCAGUGUAAUUAUGUGACCAAUAUUAAGUUACACUUGCAGCAACAUCUUUUAACACACAAGCUUUUGAAAGACUUCAAUUGUGACCAAUGUUAUUACGCAACCAAUCACAAGUCACAUUUAAGAGAACAUCUCUUAACGCACCAAACUUCCAAAAACUUUAAGUGCGAACAGUGCAAUUAUGCCACGAACAAAAGGUCACAUUUGAAGCGACACCUUGUGAUGCACAGCGGUGCCCGAGAUUUCGUUUGUUAUCAGUGUCACUAUGCCACAAACGACAAGGGUUGUUUAAAGGCACAUAUUUUAACGCACGGCACUUUCAAAGCCUUAAAAUGUGACCGGUGCAAUUAUGCGACAAAUAGAAAGUGGAGUUUAAGGCACCACAUUUUAAAACAUAGGUCUGAAUUGUGA